CGCGGAGCCUCGACAUUACCUAACUUCAGCUGCAGCGACAAAGCUCCGUCCACAUCCACGACAACUCCUCGAGCAGGACAACCCGCCCUCAACAUGGCCCGGCCACGUCUCCCCCUCCUAACCCGCGCCCCACGGCGCUUCACCACCCCGUCCAUCAGACGCCACCAGUCGUCCUCCUCAUCUUCCUCCUCCACCCAAACCUCACCCCCAUCCAAACCGCAUCACGACCCCUACGCCCUCCUUUCCACCCCGACGUGGUCAAUCCGCAGCCUCCUGCCGCCCAAACCCACCACCUCCUCCACCACCACCAGCACCACAGAAGCCGAAACCGAACCCGAAGAAUCCACAAUAACACCCACGAAACUAGCGCACCUCCUGCGCCUCUCCGCCCUGCCCCAACCAACCAGCGCGUCCGAGACAGCGGAGAUGCUCGCGACGCUGCGCGCACAGCUGCACUUCGUGCGGGCGAUCCAGCGCGUCGACACGCGCGGCGUGGCGCCGCUGCAGGCCAUCCGCGACGAGACGGCCGCCGGCCUGCGCGAGGCGAGCAUCACGCUGGCGACGGUGCGCGACGCGCUCGCGCGCGAGGAGGUCGUCGGGCGGUGCAGGCGGCCGCGGCGGCCGCGGCGUGAGGACGGGGGAUCGGGAGAAGGAGUUGUUGGGGCGGAGGAGGAGAGUUGGGAUGUGCUGGGGUGUGCGCAGGAGAAGGUGGGGAGAUAUUUCGUCGUGAGGAGUGGCAAGGGAGAUGGGGAUGGGGAUGGGAUGGCGGACGGGGUGGAGUGAGGGAAAGGAGGGAGAGAGGGGAUAAAGGAGUAUGCUAGUUUCAGGCCAAGGGUGCAUGAGACAACAGCACCGCGGCCGACAAGCCGUGAACGAGCGGUCCAGAGGGCGAGCCCGUUGACGGAUGGAGGGAAAACGACUGAAAGGAAUAUCCCCCUUGGGACUCUCCCGGGACACUGGGGAUGCUGUUCCCUGGCGAGCUGGGACAAGCUGGCAAGACGAUGCUCGACAGCGCCGGCUGAUCAACUCGAAUUUGUG